CGCUCGAGGCCGCCUCCCGCCGGAGCCGCUCUGCGCCCCUCCCCCGCCGGCCGCCGGAGCCCGACCACACGCCCCAGGGAGCCGGGGGGAGGGGACGGGGGCCUCCUCGGCGGACGGGCUGAGCGGCUCCUGUUCCCGGCUGGGACGCCGCCGCUCCGCCCGGCCGAGCCGGGAAGUCCGGGGCGGGCGAGCGGAAAACCCCAGGGUCCGGCCUGGUGGGGAGCCAGCCGCGCCGCCGGCCGCCCCAGAUUCCCGUUGUUGUUGUUGACAGUCAGUGCACGCAGUCCCUCCCCGCGCCUCCUCCCUCCCGCCCCACCUGCUCCCCGGCUCCCGGCCCCGCCACUAGGGAGCCUGCGCCCUCGGAGCCGGGUGUGGGAGCGGGCGCUGGAGCGCGCAUUCGGCCGCCAUGGGGAAUGGGAUGAACAAGCAUUGCAGAUUCAUUUCAUAUCGAAGGAACAGAUGCUUAAGGCCUAUCCUGCCUGGCCUGUAUAUUGGCAACUUCAAAGAUGCCAGAGAUGCAGAACAGUUGAGCAGGAACAAGGUGACCCACAUCCUGUCUGUCCAUGAUAGUGCCAGACCCAUGUUAGAGGGGGUUAAAUACCUGUGUAUUCCAGCAGCGGAUUCACCAUCUCAAAACCUGACAAGACAUUUCAAAGAAAGUAUUAAAUUCAUUCACGAGUGCCGGCUCCGGGGAGAGGGCUGUCUUGUCCACUGCCUGGCCGGUGUCUCCAGGAGUGUGACUCUGGUGAUCGCGUACAUCAUGACCGUCACUGACUUUGGCUGGGAAGAUGCCCUGCACACUGUGCGUGCAGGCAGGUCCUGUGCCAACCCCAACCUGGGCUUCCAGAGACAGCUCCAGGAAUUUGAGAAGCAUGAAGUGCAUGAGUACCGGCAAUGGCUGAAGGAGGAGUAUGGAGAGAACCCUUUGAGGGAUGCAGAAGAAGCCAGGAACAUUCUGGGUAAAUAUAAAGAGCUGGGGCGCACGGAGGCCCCACCUGGCACCUGGAGAGAGAGCAGCUUUCAGGCCCUGUCUCCUCUGACCUACAGCAAGUACCCUACGGAGACCUAACACUGCGACCUGGUGCCUGCCUUUCUGCCAGGCGCCUGGUGUGCUGGGAGCCACCUCGCCUCGGAGGACAGGAGGGAAGGGUGGCGAAGAAGGUGGAUCCAGGCUCUUACCCAGGACCUCCCCAGCCUUGCCUCAGGCCCUUCCACACUGUCUUCCCAAAAUUUCUGCACUGACUGGAGGCUGCUUGCUUUCCACACUGUCACUUGCUCUAUGAGGGUCAGUGUGCAUGUGUGUGUGUGUGUGUGUGUGUGUGUGUGUGUGUGUGUGUCUGCAUGUGUGAGUGUGUGAACAGUGCCAAGCACUUAGUCCACACUGCCAGCUGCUACCACCCCUUUUCUUUUGUCCAGUGCUCCAAGUGAGGGCUUUCCUGUCAGCAUCUGCAGUGUUGCGCAGCCAGAAGCCAUCCUUGUCUGAGAGCACGCACUGAGAACUCGGGGCAGUGGCUGAAGGCAGCAGCCCCCAGUAUGCAGGUGGCUGUGGCAGGGCAGCAGGUGGCCAGACUUCCUCUGAUAUGGCUUCAGGGGCUUGGAAGGUGGUGGUGGUCAGAGUUCUGACCAUUGCCUAGACUUAGAGUGCCCCAGGCCUGGACUUCCUGCUGCCUCAAGUCAGGUCUCCUUGCAGCCCAUCAUGUCCCCAGGUUCUGCGUGGUAUUUGUUCUCUCUGGCACCCACUGCAUUUUAGUCUCAUGGGGAGCACUACCAAUUCAGCCAAAGCUGUGUGCUCAGAAUGUCCUGCCUUCCUCUUCCCCCCCACUUCACUCUCUCCCAACCACUUGCUGUCUCCCUCUACAAGGGGCUCUUCGAAAGGCUUGCCAGCACCUUUAAGUAUUGGGAAGAAAGAACAUUUAUUAGGCAUUGUAGCAGCUUGCAUUUAAAACUACAUUUUUAAAUGUGCACUUAUUGCGCACCUUUGUGUAUGCGGUGGAUUUUAUCUUUGAUCUCAGCUACCUCAUUAAAUGUUUUUUGAAAAGG